GCGCGGUUGCGACAGCGGGCGUGGCUGUGUUCAGUGUUAUUUGGAGGCCUGUUGCACUUCAAAGUCGGGGCACUUGAGAAAUGUUCCAGCGGGUUUUCCUGGUCAAGUCUGCGCCUCUUCUCACCAGAGGGUUCCCGGUUAGCGCCAGGUCAUCGCCACGACCUGGUGCAGGGACCCCUGUUGCCAUGCAGGCAAGCUCAGCUACCUCAAGCUCUGGAGAGCCACCCAGAGAAGGAAGAAGGAAGGUAAUUACUGAAAUCCAUGGGACCAUAAUGACAAUUGGCAUCAACAGGCCAGAAGUCAGGAAUGCCGUGAACCUGGAGACUGCAGGAAUACUGCUACAGGCUUUCCAGUCAUUUGAAGAAAACAGCUCAUUGACUGUGGCAGUGCUUCAUGGAUUGGGAGGCAAUUUCUGUGCCGGUUAUGAUUUGAAGGAGUUGGCCCACAACCCAGCCUCAAUCAAAUUGGAACAAGAUGUCACCAAAGGUCCUGGUCCCAUGGGUCCUUCUCGGAUGAAAUUUUCUAAGCCAGUGAUUGCUGCAGUGAGUGGAUAUGCAGUGGCUGGUGGGCUUGAGCUGUCUCUCUUGGCUGACUUGCGUGUUGUAGAAGAAAGUGCUGUCUUGGGAGUGUUCUGCAGGCGUUUUGGUGUUCCAUUGAUAGAUGGUGGCACUGUCAGAUUACCAAAGUUAAUUGGUCUUUCUCGAGCACUGGAUCUCAUUCUCACUGGGCGGCCUGUUAGUGCACAAGAAGCAUUUCAGCUUGGAUUGGCCAAUCGAAUAGUUCCCAAUGGCAAAGCCCUCCAUCAUGCCAUUGAAUUAGCAGAACAUAUUUCAGCAUUUCCUCAGCAAUGUAUGCGUGGGGACAGAAGCUCUGCUUACUACAGUGCAUUUGAAGCUUCCUCCUUCACAGAAGCCAUGCAAUUUGAGAUUGACACUGGAGUACAGGUGGUAUUAAAAGAGGCAGUUCCUGGUGCUAAUAAGUUCAGCUCGGGGCAUGGGCGCGGUGGAGCAAAGCUGUAGGAGCUGAAUAUCAUCAUUCUUUGCUUUCAAAGCAUUUACUCCCCCCUUAAUAAUAGAAAUAACUCUUAAGUUACCCUUGCAAAAAACCCCCAAACAAACAACAUACUUUAUAUAUGUAUAUGCUAUCCCAUUGAAAUAUAAAUGUUAUAAUGUU